UUCAGAGAAACAUAAGCUUUUAUAUGUAUGUGCGUAUAUUUAUAUUUAAUGUCUCCAUGUGCAUUUGUCUCCCUGUAUAUGUGGUGUUUGGUCUAGACUUAAAUUUUAAGAUGUUUGGUGGCCGAAUCUUGUGUGGGCUCAUUUGCCAUUGGACUUAAAAAAGAAGAAGUAAUGUGUCCUAAGACAAGCAUGGAUUUAUUUUUGGACGGUAGUGGGGAGGUGGCUACAGUGGUUGGGAAAUGUGCUGGUUUUUAAAAUUUUAUUUAUUGCUCCUCCAGUGGAAUGGUGCACUGUGCAUGGAUCUGUGAGGCAUAACUCCACGUCCUUUUGUUCGGUUAUAAUUUUUGCAGUUUGCCUUUUGGAGACUUUCUACCCAAAAUGCCACAAUUUGACCCACCCACCCCCAAAUGCCAGCUUGGGUUAGGUUGGAUUGGGUGGCUGUUCUUGAAGCGGGCCGGCAGAGAGGCCUUAGAAGAGGUGGAGACAUUCUUGAGAGGCGGCACACAAGUUUUUGGGCCAUCCUGGACUGGACAUUGCUGAGAGAGGGGUUCAGACAGCCCUGGUGUGUGCAUGUAGUUGAUCCAUUUGGCAUCUUAAGACAUUGGUUGCUUUUGUCGGUGGCAGAGAAUAGGAACUUAGAAGGUCAGGUAAGACUCGGUGAUAGAGAUGAUGUGGUUUUGGCUCUUCCUCAAGCAAGGUCGACUAACGUUGCUGUAUGAGUUUGCAAGCUUUCGGGUCACACAGAGCUCUUCUCGAUAAUACUGGACUCCUUACCCCAAGAGGAAUUGGCUUGGUAUUUCCUGUUCUGUGUUCAUUUGGCUGUGUUCAUGUUGCUGUUGUAUUUUGGGGAAGGGAGCUCCAUCUCUGAGAACUGGGCCCUCCUUCAUGUUUAGGAGCUGUGGUUUCAGACCACGUAUUCAUGAACAAAUACAGACCUGAUGCUUAAAGUUAUGUGAUUAUGGGGAGAAGCCAAAAGAAUACCCCAGUAAUUCCCAAAGUGUCUACUGCAGGAGAACCGGUAAUGUGCUGCUAAGAAUGAGAAUCUCCAGGGAGGAGGUUGCUCGUUGUGUCUCUGCAUUAUUUACAACUCAGGCCUUGCUUCCUGGGGAUGGGCAACUCUACAAAGUCUCAUAAUUUGGUGUGAGGGGAUCAUUCCCAGUGUAGACUGGAAACCAAAAUCACCAACACUCUAAAGGAGGCUGGCUGUUGCAUCUCUGCAUUGGUAACCACCUCAGGCUUCCAGUGAGGAGUCGCAUCCCAACAGUGACUCAUGCAGAAGCACAGAAGUAGACUCCUGGCAAGGCGAGACAGAGGGGGCCUCAAAAGCAGAGCAGUCCCACAUGGGGCCCUAGCUUGUUUUAACAACAGUUGGGUAGGAGCUGGCGAAGGCCUGUGAAACCCUCAGGCCAGCCCUGGGCACUGGUGCUCGUACCUGCCUGCACCAGCGGGGGACUGUCUGCCGCCCGCCAGCCUGGAGCACCAUCUUCACGUCUCCUCGGGCAGCUGCGGCCACCGGGCUUCCGAGGCCAGCCUGAUGGCGGAGCCGCGCUUUAACAACCCCUACUUCUGGCCACCCCCUCCCACGAUGCCCAGCCAGCUGGACAAUCUAGUUCUCAUCAACAAGAUCAAGGAGCAGCUCAUGGCAGAGAAGAUCCGGCCCCCACACCUGCCCCCGACUUCCGUGUCUUCCCAGCAGCCUCUGCUGGUGCCCCCCUCACCUGCCGAGGGGAGCCAGUCCAUCAUGUCUAUCCCCAAGCUGCAGCAGGUCCCCGGGUUGCACCCUCAGGCGGUCCCCCAGCCCGACGUGGCCCUGCACGCUCGCCCAGCCACCAGCACCGUCACAGGUUUGGGUCUGGGGUCCCGCGCCACGGCCGUCAGCACCUCGGAAUCCAGCGCCGGGACGGGCACCAGCACCCCCUCCACCCCCACCUCCACCACGCAGAGCCGUCUCAUUGCCUCUUCGCCCACCCUCAUCUCAGGGAUCACCAGCCCCCCGCUCUUGGACUCCAUCAAGACCAUUCAAGGUCACAGCCUGCUGGGGGGGGCGCCCAAGGCGGAGCGCGGCCGCAAGAAGAUCAAGGCGGAGAACCCCACGGGGCCCCCCGUCCUGGUGGUGCCCUACCCCAUCUUGGCUUCGGGCGACAUCGGCAAAGAGGGGAAGACGUACAGGUGUAAAGUCUGCCCCCUCACUUUCUUCACCAAGUCGGAGAUGCAGAUCCACUCCAAGUCCCACACAGAGGCCAAGCCCCACAAGUGCCCCCACUGCUCCAAGUCCUUCGCCAACGCCUCCUACCUGGCGCAGCAUUUGCGCAUCCACCUGGGCGUCAAGCCCUAUCACUGCUCCUACUGCGAGAAAUCCUUCCGCCAACUUUCCCACCUCCAGCAACACACCAGAAUUCACACCGGAGACAGACCCUACAAGUGCCCUCACGCCGGAUGUGAAAAGGCAUUCACACAGCUCUCAAACCUCCAGUCUCACCAACGGCAACACAACAAGGACAAGCCCUACAAGUGUCCGAACUGCUACCGGGCCUACUCGGACUCUGCCUCGCUCCAGAUCCACCUCUCGGCACACGCAAUCAAGCACGCCAAGGCCUACUGCUGCAGCAUGUGUGGGCGGGCCUACACUUCAGAGACCUAUUUGAUGAAGCACAUGUCAAAACACACAGUGGUUGAACAUCUAGUGAGUCAACACUCUCCUCAAAGGACGGAGUCUCCCAGUAUCCCUGUCCGAAUCUCGCUCAUCUGAAUCUCGGGGAGCAGCCUCCACCCCCUGGCCUGGCCCCGCUCCCGUGCAGCCACCCCCUCUUGAAUCCCAGAAGCGGGGAGCAAAAGACAAGGACACCUUGGCAAACAACCCACGGUCCCUGCUCCGCAGCGUCCCUCCUGCCAUGGGGUGAUCCUCAUCCGCCACCAGUCAGGACAGAGAGAGAGAGACUGGAUGGAGCCCUGUUGGCAGCCAGGGAGACUGGGGAGGGGAAAGAGAUUUUCCGUUCCAAGUUGGUGGCAGCCAAAGACAAUCCCAGAGCACUUUGAAGACGUCCACACCUCUCCCUUCCCUGUAACAGAGCCUCUGCCCCAGCCACAGGCCCCCCCUUCUUUCAUUUUGGAUCCCCACUUCUCUCCCCUCCAAAAUCCCUGUUCCACUUUAAUUUCACAUAGGAAAAUUGUCACCCAACGGGCCAGGAAUUUGCAACGCAGAUAACGGCGAGCCAGCCCCCUUCUGGACUCUUCUCUGGAGCCGCUACAGGACCUCCUUGGCCAAAAAUGGGGCACUGUGAGGUUAUUGCUGCGGGGUGGGGGUACAGGCACCCCAGGAGUGGCCUUUGGCUAGGGUGGGCACAGUGGGAGGUGAGGAGUCUCAGAUGCUGCAACAUCACACGGUCAGGGCACAUUGCACCAGUGUUGGUGCAAAGGAUUACAUCAAUGCUCAGAGGCUAUGGGAUUUGCUGCACCUUCGGCUAGGAGGUGGAAGGGAGUCGGGGGUUGUCCUGGAAACAGAUGAGGGGGGUACCUUCGGAAUAUGGUUAGGAGACACACUGCAGUAGGGGGGGAAAUGACAAGAGACUGGCAGUGUUAUGCCCAUUCAGAAGUACACAAGGCUUUGUCUGCCCAUCACCUUAAUCUUGAGGCACUGUGUGAAAGUUUGCCCACCUGCAGCGCCAUCUUUGUGAAUGAGUAGCCUCCAGCCCUGCUCUCUCCUUGUAUGGAAAAGGAGGGGAGGGGAUGCAGGGGAGGGCUGGGUCUCUUCUGCGGGGAGUAAAGGUGGGCAUUGACCUGCUCCUGGGUAAUGCUGCCAUUCGGCUCACCCACAGUAAGAUGUGCCAGUCCAUUUCUCCCAUCUUUGCAGAGGGCUGUCAGCUGGCAGAAGCGAAGCCCCAAGGGUGUUUUGGGGCAGAAGACAGGUAGGGGGUGGUUCUUGAUCCUGGCUGCCCUACCCUUCGAGACCGAUCAAGGCACCACCUUGCAACCUCUCCAAGGAUGUCUCCAGCCCUGGUUGGCAGGGCUGGAAGAACCUAGGGUUCUCCCGGGGCGUGCACACAGCAUUGGUGGGUGGGGGGCACAGGUUCCUCCCUAGCCCCAGAAAAGAAACAUAAGCAAGUUGCUCAUUCCAAUUUCCAUUUGAACAUGGCCAUAGCAGGCACAUAUUUGCAAAAUAGGUGGAAUUGUCAUCCUUCUCCAGUUGCUGUCGUUUGAGGGGGUUUGAUCCCCUUGCACCAAGAUCUAGGGGGAUUAGAGGUUUUUUUUAAAAAAAAAUACCCACACACCAGUAUUCCAGAGAAUUCUGGGAUUCCCAAGGGCUCAUUUGCUUGCAAAGCCACAUUCCAUUGCCUUGAGAGGGUUCAGCUUCCUAGUGACCCCAGAGGACUGAGCACCUCCUAGAAUGCCCCCCCCAAAAAACCAAAAACCUCCCCUAAGCAAGUAGUAUCUGGAAGCCCCAUUGAUUGAGUGGAAGGGUCCAUGGGGUUCAGAAAAUCUGCAAACCACAGAAACACAGAAAGUGUGGUGUGAUCCUCUGCGACUCAUCUCCUGCAAGGCUGUUUUCCUCCAAUUCCUGUCAAAUGGGAAAAACGCCUUUUAAAGCUUUAUUGCUACACUAGAUUUGCUACCCAAGAUCCGAAGCAGAGGACAACAUUGCAGCUUCCCUUGAUGGGGGUGGGGGGAGCCUGUCAAAUGGGACUUCUUUUUCACUUGCUAUGUUUUGGCCAUUUCCAGUUUUCCCAGAUGCUACAUGUGUCCCCGACUGCUUCAGCUCCAGCUCUCUCUCCACCCCCACUGCCAUGAGUCAACCGGUCAUCUCUCUGUGGCCACCCCAGUGGCUGAGGAGAGGCCAUGGCCUCCUGGGUGCUGUGAAGAAGAACGGCUCAAAGCGCCAACAGGAUGGCACCCUCUCUGGCUCUUAAAGUCUUCUGUGGCUCCUUGGAUAGCUGUGAAGGGACUGUGGCAUGAUGCCAACUGCUCUCGCCCCAGGAGCCCAUCACCAAAAGAAAAAGUAGCUUUCUGAGGUGGUGGUGCACCUCCCUCAAACCAAGUGUCUCUUGGCAGUUUCUCUCAAAGUGGAAGGAAAAGGGCCCACAAAACUUCCCCAAACAACAAGACUUAAAAACCACCUCUAUAUUAUGUACCCUUCAGUUGCGUUAAAAAAUAAAAACGAACUACUUUUUUUUAAGAUAAACUUUUUAAGCCUUAAAAAUAUAUAAUUUUGUUUUUUAUCAGUUGUUUCUUUUACUGUUUGUAUUUGAUUUGAUCUUUUCCUUUUUUAAAAAAACAAAACCUUGUUCCCUUUUCAGUCGGUUUUGAAUUGUUGUAUGAUAUUCAAUAUUGUAGCCUCUCUUUUUUUGAUCCGCAUGUUAAUAACUGUAAAUAGGACUCUUAUGCAUAAUGUUAACAACUUUUUUCUAUAUAAAAAAAAAGAAGCCCAGGCCACAUCUAGCUAGAUCCUUAGUUAUUAUCAUUACCUUAUAACUGAAAAAGGAAUUUUUAAAAGAGUUUUUUUAAAGGGUCUCUCCCUCCCACCCCUUCCCUUCAAAGAAAAGUCUUGCAUUGUGGAAUCCGGGACUGGUGAGAGGAGGCAACUUCUGCCUCGCUGCCAAACAUCAUUUGCAUUGUUUUGAAAUGAAAUGGGGAAAAGAAGGAAAAAUAAAUUAAAAAUUGCUUUGUAUUUCUCUGUUGUGGAAAAAAGAUAAUAAAAGCGUCUUUGCAACCUUGGGCUGGA